AUGGGGCUGGUAGAGGGCUGUGAUAGAGCCAACCUCACCAUGCGGCUGGUAGAGGGCUGUGAUGGAGCCAACCCCAACCCCACCAACCCUAACCCCGCCCUGAUCACCUACUGGAGGGCAAAAGUCCAUGAUGAAGAACUCCCACAACACCACCCCACCCCCCACCCCUCCCCCCACCCCUCCACCCACAACACCGCCCCACCACCCCACCCCUCCACCCACCACACUGCCCCACAACACCACCCCACCACCCCACCCCUCCACCCACAACACCGCCCCACAACACCGCCCCACCACCCCACCCCUCCACCCACAACACCGCCCCACAACACCGCCCCACCACCCCACCCCUCCACCCACCACACCGCCCCACAACACCACCCCACCACCCCACCCCUCCACCCACAACACCACCCCACAACACCGCCACCCCACCACCCCACCCCUCCACCCACCACACCGCCCCACAACACCACCCCUCCACCCACCACCCCACCCCACCACCCCACCCCUCCACCCACAACACCGCCCCACAACACCACCCCACCACCCCACCACCCCACCCCUCCACCCACCACACCACCUCCACCCAGCACACCGCCCCCUCCACACCGCCCCCUCCACACCACCCCACCCCUCCACCCCCCACCCUCCACCCCUCCCUCAUCAACCAUCUCUUAUUAG